AUGUCAGCUAGGAAAAAAUGCUCCAACUUACUGAAUUUGAGGGACAAACCUGCUCCUCAAGACAUCGGGGCAAAUCCACUACAUGGAGUGCCCGACCCCACAUACCGACAUGCGGCACCGUCGGGACCAUGGCCAUGGAUGAACCUGCAAGUUGUUUUUCGAGCCGCGAUUGAGUCCGAUGCGACUCAUGGUGUUAAUGACUCGGGCGAGUCGGAAUCCUGGCCGGGCUACCCUCAAAACCAGUUCGGGAACUGGACUCCAGAUCAAGUAAAGCGAAGUAAGAUGUUUGAAAAGUGUUCGGAUAAUACGCCUAGCAUCAUUUACUGGAUGGAUGUCCGUGAAUCGGAUGGGAAGUUUACCACCCCAGAUAUGGGAGGAAGCGGUCGCGGUGAUACUACGGUAGUGUCGCCUCAGGAUCCGGGUGUGUUUUGGGAUAUAUUGAAGUCGGGACGACCAGAAAACAUCCGAGUGCGAUCAUUAUUUGUGGAUGACUUGACGCCACAGGUCUUGCGCAUGCUGGGGACAAGAUACAAUAUCGAACCAUUCUUUUUCACGUCCUCCAUCAAUUGGAUACCCUCACGAUACCAGGAAGCACCUCGUCAUGGAGAAGGAGAUCAUAUUACUAUUACCCUCCCGUUCAUACGAACAAUUGGUAAAGCACAGGACUCGCAACAACCACGAACUGACUCGUGGGACUCCGAAGCCAAUACCCCGAUCGAUAUCCAAGCUCCUGUUUCGAUGGGUGAUGGUCGCAUGCUCUUAAUCGACCUCCUCGCAAUCCACAUGGUCCGCAACAUAAAAGAAAACACUAUCAUCUCCUAUCAUCCCGAGUCUAUAUCGUACCGGACAUCCGCGAAGCACUUCCACUCCCUCAUGAAGCUUGUGGGGGAAAGUGUGUACUGGCAAAAAAUAUUCAGCAGGUCCAAAGACCCGACGUUUCUCUUGCUCGCGAUGUUAUGGUAUGCGCUAUAUGCAUGGGAUGAGUCCUUUGAGCUGCUGUAUCACCAUGUUAGCCAGCUGGAGUCACAAGUACUGCAAGCGGAUAAUAUCUCGCUUACGCGCAAGCUUCAUGAACUUCAAGCGAGUCUUUUGCACUACCAAUCACUCCUUCAUGGGUUCCAGGAUCAGCAACGGCGUUUGGCCACGGACGUUUCUGCACUGGGUCAGCAUGCGACCGACACACAGAAGACCAAGAUAUUCAAUCAAAGCAAUGCUCUACAACGUAGAUUGGACAACUGGGCCCAAGUCCAAGCCCUUUACAUGCCCGCAGUUGCCCCAAUCCGCGCCACAGAGGAUGCUUGUCGUUCGGAGGGCACUGCAGUACUCAAGCCAGAGAAAUUUAAACUCUGGUUACCAUCCCAGCUCGACCCACACCUUUCUUGCGACCAAAAACUUCGCGAAUGUGAAUGGGAACUCCGGUAUGCUCAAGCCCAUGACACAUUGAACGACGUUCGACAGAACAUCCGUCUAUUCACCCACCUCAACACAUUCAAGUUGGCGAAUAUACGCGGUCAACGUGCCUCCACUCGUGCGCGCAGCACUCUUGAUCACACAGUUGAGAAGAAGCAUGCCAGCAAGGCAAAAUAUGAUGCCGCUCGGGACGCACUUCUUGCCCUCGCUCCCUUGCUAGGAAAAGUUGGCUGGACCGAUAUCUUACGCCCUCUUGGAGCAACGGACAUGAGACCCAUGGGUGACUUCAUCCAGGGACAAUCUGAAGGUACUCGUGAUAUACCGUGGAUAUGGAAGACACCCGGGGUGCUACGAGACAAUGACAAGGGACUUCAAGACUGUCUUCGCAUCGAGUGGUGCAAGGCAAGAGCGCGAGAGGCACGCUGGUCCGAAGAAUUGCUGUUUUUGCUCGAAGAGAUGCGGAGGGUGCUGACAUUCUUAGCCUGGCAGAGUACGUGGUGGUCUGGACUGGCCUUGGCGCGCCAUUUCGAGAGGUCGGCAGACAGCGAAGGAUCCGCAGCAUACGCAAACCGACAAUCUGCACUCCGUAAAGCCAUGUUGGAAAAAUUCAAGCAACAGUGGGUCAUUGUCCCUACCGUCGUGACUGCUGAGCUGGAUGACGAUAGCUCACUGGGCACUGCUGAUACAGACGGCACAUUCACUAUUGAAGGCCCUCCACAUUAG